AUGGAAGAAAUGGGCCCUUCUAGCGGCCGCUCGGCAUUCGGCCACAACAGGUCAUUAUCCAGCAUCUUAAGGUCAGCUUCUCCGAAACCACCAACUCCUCAUGCCCGGUCCAAUUCCACAACGGAAUUUUCGAUGGCAGCCGACGUUGUCCGCCCGAGCCCUUCAACGCCACAGCCCAAAAGAGCCUUUGUGUCCCAAUCCCUUGACGAUGACAACGAUUUAAGCACAAUACCCGACCCAAGGAGCAGAGGAAUGAGCCCUGCCCACCUGGCCAGCACGGCCAGCCCGCAUCAUCCCGACCUCGACGAGGAAGUCGCCACCUUAAGCACGAAGCUCAUCAAUGCCAUCAAUCACCAAACGACGUUGGACGACAACCUGUCCGCCGCUAGGUUGGAGCUGGAGAAGGCUCGGGAAAAGAUACGGGAACUCGAGGCUGAGGUGCAAGAGCAGAGGAAAAUGCUUGCAGGCGACGUGUGGGUGAAACGGUCCAGCGUAGAGGCUGAAAAGGCAAAGCUGGCCGCCCGCAUCGCUGAAGAGAAGAAGGCUCGCGUGGAGGUGGAACAGCAAAAGAAGAAGAUCGAGCAGGAGCUGGAGAACCUGACGACCGCUCUCUUUGAGGAAGCAAACAAGAUGGUAAUUUCGGCAAAGGAGGAUGCACGAGCUGAGCACGAGGCAUUGCAGCGCAAGAAUGACCAACUCAAGGCGCAGCUCGCUGACACUGAGGGUCUCCUUCGAUCCCAGCAAGAGCAGCUCGCCGAGCUCAAGCACGUAAUGGAGCAGCUGACAGCUGAAAGAGAGGAACGAACUCCUACCACAGUCCCUUCUUCCCCCGGCCUCAGCCACUUCGAUGCCCAAGAGGCGAUAGGCCCUUCGGUCGGCACGCAUCAUCCCAGCCCGUCGACACCUUAUACCCCGUCUUAUCCAACCAGCUUCACUCAUCUUCUACACCCUGUCCUCCGUACCGACCUGGCGGCAUACAGCGAUUUCAGGGACCUUUUGCGAACAUCGAAGAGGCUCUCCGGUUCUCGCACCUCCCCAGGCCAGUCAGGCACUGGGUUGACAUCGUUGGGGAUCGGUCUAGGCUCAAUUGUUUCGCACGUUUCGGCUGGUAGUGGAUCCAACUCUUCACUAGCCACAACCGGGAGCCCGACGGCAACCUCACCACAGACACCAGCUACUCCGGCAUCAUCCGUUAGCACUGCCUCUUCUACUGUCACGCCAGCUCUCCCACACCUGAAGGAAACAAAGUUUUACAAGAGGGUACUCACCGAGGAUAUCGAGCCGACUCUCCGCCUUGAUAUGGCACCAGGGCUCUCUUGGCUUGCCCGACGCAGUGUGCUAGCAUCGAUGACGGAUGGGUCGCUGGCUGUCGAGCCUAGCCCUGCUACAGCUACGGGCAGAUUCGGCAAAUUGAUCAAGCCCGAACUAUAUCCUUGCUCUCUUUGCGGCGAAUCGAGGAAGGAAAAUGAAUAUCUCCGAACCCACCGUUUCCGCAUCAGCGAGGCCGACAAUGCCCAAACCGGGUACCCCCUCUGCAGUUACUGCCUGGCCAGAGUUCGAUCGACAUGCGAGUUUUUGGGGUUUCUCCGCAUUGUCAAGGAUGGCCAUUGGCGGGCUGAAGAUGAGGACGCCGAGAAGGCUGCGUGGGAAGAGUGCGUCCGCCUGCGCGAGCAAAUGUUUUGGAGCCGGAUCGGCGGCGGCGUUGUGCCCACCGGCCACGGUCGCCAUGCUUCAAGCUCUAGCGUUGCUCCCAGCAUUCGCGGAGAAAGAAUCCAAAAAUCUCACGUAAAUUCACUCCCAGUCUUCAAAUCCCCCUUCACCAUAAGGAUUCCACUCCUGCCCAGGGUAGCUGGUGGCGCUCAUCUGGGGAACGGCCUCUUCCUCCUUGCGGCGGGCGUCGUCCUCGGGCUCGGAGGGGAAGACGGGGAUCUUCUCCUCGAGCACGAGCCUGCGCUCGGCCUCCCUCUGCUCCUCGGCCUUGCGCUUGGCCCGCUCAAAGAUGGCCACGCUGUCCUUUGCCUUUGCGGCGGCGUCGGCGGCCGAGCUCUGGUUGUUCGCCGAGCCUGA